AUGGGGGAGCCUCUGGACCAGUUCUUCAUUCUCCUCGGGCUGCUGGUGUGCCUGGCCGGCCUGGCAAAGUGCGUGAGAUUCUGCAAAUGCAUUUUACUGAGCUUCCGGAAAGUUCUGCCAAGGUCUUUCUUGCAGUCGAUGGGACAGUGGGCAGUGGUCACCGGAGCAGGAGAUGGGAUUGGGAAAGCAUACUCACUGGAGUUGGCAAAAUGUGGACUCAACGUUGUGCUUAUCAGCCGGACCCUGGAAAAACUGCAAGUCCUUGCCAGGGAGAUUGAGCGAAGCACAGGGAGCCGUGUGAGGGUGAUCCAAGCAGAUUUUACCAAAGAUGACAUCUAUGAGUCGAUCCAAGAGGAGCUGAAAGGCUUAGAAGUUGGAAUCUUAGUCAACAACGUGGGGAUGCUUCCAAACCUUCUCCCGAGCCGUUUCCUCAGUGUGCCGGAUGAGAUCCAGAGCCUCAUCCAGUGCAAUGUCACCUCCGUGGUCAAGAUGACACAGCUCAUUCUGAAACCCAUGGAAUCAAGGCGGAGGGGGCUCAUCUUGAACAUUUCUUCUGGGGUAGCACUCUGCCCGUGGCCUCUGUACACUCUUUACUCGGCUUCCAAGGCUUUUGUGUGCACAUUUUCCAAGGCACUGCAAGCGGAAUACAGAGCAAAAGGAAUCAUCAUCCAGGUGCUGACCCCGUACGCGGUUUCCACCCCAAUGACCAAGUAUCUGAAUACCAACAUGGUCACCAAGAGGGCCGAUGAGUUUGUUAGAGAAUCACUGAAUUACGUCACGAUGGGAGAUGAGACCUGUGGCUGCCUGGCCCAUGAAGUCUUGGCCAGCUUUCUCAGCCUGAUCCCGGCCUGGGCCUUCUACAGCCGCGCCUUCCAAAGGUUCCUGCUGACCUGCUACACGGAUUACCUGAGGCAGAACGUCAGCACCAGAUAG